AUGAUUGCUGGACUAGCAUAUCUGCAAUACCAGGCACAGCAAGCAGGGAACUACGCGAUUGAUGCGUUUAACAAGGCAAAGGAUUCAGGCGCCAGUUAUGCUACGAGUUUGUUUGAGGGAGGUAAGGGUAUUUUCGAUCAGAUUGGAACCGGCUGGGAGAAAACGAAAGAGCAAGUAGAGGAGAAGGAAUGGUGGAGACGCAUCUUCCUUGAAAGACCCGAAGAGAGUACAGGUGGCAACGGAGGUAAUGGCGGUCAACAACCUGGUGGUGAUGGAAAGACAGCUGCUGCGGCUGCGGUCGCUACUGGCACUGCUUUUGGCGUGGACGAGAAGGAUGACACCCGCACGAAUAACGAGACUGUACGAGACGAGCAGAUGAUGCUGUUGACAAGAAAAAUGAUCGAGAUCAGGAACAUGCUGCAAGGCGUUGGUCAAUCCGAAGCCCUUAGCUUACCGUCUAUCGUGGUCAUUGGGUCUCAAUCGUCUGGCAAGAGUUCAGUACUGGAGGCGAUCGUCGGACACGAAUUUCUGCCAAAGGGCUCGAACAUGGUAACCAGAAGGCCAAUAGAGCUGACUCUUGUUAAUACACCGGAUGCGAAGGCUGAGUAUGGGGAGUUUCCAGCUCUGGGUCUGGGCAAAAUUACAGACUUCAGCCAGAUCCAGAGAACUCUGACUGAUCUCAACUUGGCAGUACCUGUCGAACAAUGUGUCACAGAUGAACCGAUACAGCUUACGAUACAUUCACCAAACGUGCCAGAUCUCUCCCUCAUCGAUCUUCCUGGCUACAUACAGGUUGUGGGACGAGACCAACCAGUUGAGCUAAAGCAGAAGAUUUCAGACCUCUGCGACAAGUAUAUCCAGGCACCUAACGUUAUUCUCGCCAUCUCCGCAGCCGAUGUUGAUUUGGCAAAUUCCACUGCUCUCAGGGCCAGCCGCAGAAUUGAUCCUAGAGGUGAAAGGACGAUUGGUGUGAUCACGAAAAUGGACUUGGUCGAUCCUCAGCGAGGCGCUGAAAUGCUUUCAGACAAAAAAUAUCCUUUACGACUUGGCUAUGUUGGGGUUGUAUGCAAAAUUCCACAACAGAGCAACAGUCUAUUCGCACGACAUAGCGGAAACCUUACCAAUAUUAUAACAAGGAACGAGAGUGCCUUCUUCCAAGCACAUCCUAUCGAAUUUGGCCCACAAUCUGAACUAUCAGUCGGCACAUCAACUUUAAGGAAGAAACUUAUGCAUGUUCUUGAACAAACAAUGGCAUCCAGCCUCGGGAGUACAAGAGAUGCCAUCGUGCAAGAGCUGGAAGAAGCCACAUACGAGUUCAAGGUUCAGUACAACGACCGACCACUAAGCGCUGAGUCAUAUUUAGCAGAAAGCCUCGAUGCCUUCAAGCACUCUUUCAAACAAUUCAGUGACUCAUUUGGCCGACCUGAAGUACGACAACUACUCAAGGCAGAGCUAGAGCAGAAAGUGUUAGAUCUGUUGGCAAAGAGGUAUUGGAAUAAGCCUGCCGAGGAUUUGGCCAAGGCGCCAUUUGACGCGGAGCCUAUCAGCGAUCUUUCAAAGCCAGACCCACCAUCGUUGUUCUGGCAGAGGAAGCUCGAUGCAUCAACAUCCGAACUUACAAAGCUAGGUAUAGGACGACUAGCAACGUCGGUAGUUGAGGACGAGUUGAAGAAUAGAGUACAGUCGUUAGUGGAUGGUUCGACAUUCGCAGCACACCCAUUCGCACGACGAGCAAUCGCAGAUGCUGCAGAAAGUAUAUUACACGACCGAUUCUACAGCACAAGCGACCAGGUUGAGAAUUGUAUCAAGCCGUUUAAAUUCGAGAUUGAGAUCGAAGAACCUGAGUGGACUAAGGGUCGCGAAGGUGCUGGACGAGCAUUGAAGAGCGAAUUGAAGGCUUGCGAAGCAGCACAAAAACAGCUUGAACAAGCAGUCGGACGACGAAAGCUAAACGAUGUCAUCGGUUUCGUCGAUCGAGUCCGAAAAGGAGAUGUACACCUGGAAGGAGACAGCUCGGCUGGCGCGGGUGGAUUUUCGUCCGCACUAUUGCAGACUGGCCGACAAGCUAUUUUCCUUCGCGACAGAGCCGACAUUCUCAAGAUGCGUCUAGCAGCCGUGAAAUCACGACAAUGCUCGACGCUAAAGAACAAAUACCACUGCCCCGAAGUCUUCCUCGACGUGGUAGCCGACAAACUCACAUCCACAGCCGUUCUCUUCCUCAACGUCGAGCUGCUGUCCGAGUUCUACUACAACUUUCCUCGCGAAUUAGAUGCCCGACUCGGUCGUCACCUAAGCGACAGUGACAUCGAGCGCUUCGCCCGAGAGGACCCUAAGAUCAAAAGACACCUGGAUCUCAUCCAGAAGAAGGAAAUGCUCGAGCUGGUUCUUGAGAAGAUUGAGAGUUUGAGGCAGCUGGAGGGAAAAUCGAAAGCGGCCACGUCGGUUGGAGGGCGGGAGAGUGCUAUUCCUAGGGAGAGGGAGAGAAGUCGUUGGUCUUUGUUUUGA